CUGCAGCUGCUGUCAGACGCGGAGUGGGAGUGAAGGCUAUGGACGACUCAUCCAGAGAUCCGCCUCUCAGACUGGAUCCAAAUCAUUUCACAUGGUCCGCGUUCGUUGUUCUAAUUGAAGCCUGGAAAUGAGACGCGUGGAUCGGUGCUUUCUCCUUUAUCCCCGUUGACUUCAAGAUAAGGUUUUUUACACGUGAGACGGAUUCUCUUUGUUUAACGUCCCACUCGGAUACGAUGGCACAUCAGUGGAUCCAUUAGGAGGGUUUAACGCACAGCGGCAGCGCGCAGUGGAGGGACCGGGGGAAGUUGCGUGGCGCACACGGGUCUCUCUCUCUUCUCGAUGUCCCCGCUGAGAGCCAUGGUGAGCCCGCUGGUGCUGCUGCUCGGCUGGGCGGUGAUGUCCGGAGCUCAGAACGACACGGAGCCCAUCGUCCUGGAGGGCAAGUGCCUGGUGGUGUGCGACUCCAACCCGGCCACGGACUGGAAGGCUUCGUCCUCCCCGCUCGGCAUCUCGGUGCGCGCCUCCAACUCCAAGGUGGCGUUCUCCGCAGUCCGGAGCAACAACCACGAGCCUUCGGAGAUGAGCAACAAAACCAGAAUAAUCUACUUCGACCAGAUUCUGGUGAAUAUAGGAAACUACUUCACAUUCGAGUCUGUGUUUUUGUCGCCGAGAAAAGGAAUCUACAGCUUUAACUUCCACGUCAUCAAAGUGUACCAGAGUCAAACCAUACAGGUGAACCUGAUGCUGAAUGGGAAACCGGUCAUCUCGGCCUUUGCAGGCGACAAGGAUGUGACUCGUGAGGCCGCCACCAAUGGAGUUCUGCUUUAUCUAGAAAAGGAGGACAAGGUCUAUCUGAAGCUGGAGAAGGGGAAUCUAGUUGGCGGAUGGCAGUACUCAACCUUUUCUGGCUUCCUCGUGUUCCCCCUGUAAAGAAGAGACGACUCUAAGCUCACUGACUUUCUUCAUAACGUGUUGUCACCGUAUUAAUCGAAACAUCGCCGCUGCAUCGGUCGGAUCUUUCCGAGUGGUUGAAAAAUGACGGAUGGAAAUGGAUAACAUCAGAGGGAGGAAAUGAGACUUUGGGAAAUCGUUCACACUCUCUGAAGUGCUGAGUCCCCGUCCACAUGAAGGAGACUCGAAAUGUUCCCGAUCCCCACUUUAUGCUCCUGUCACUCAAGGAGCCUCGGAGAGGAACUCUAAAACAUCCCAGAAGUACUUUUUCAAACUCGUCGGAAUACGUUUAGCAUACUGAUUUACUUUUGGGUUUAAACUGUAUAUACCUGCGUUACUUGUGCGACUUGUCAUCACCAAAGUUUUCAAAGUGCUGUUGGGAGGGCGGCGAGGGCUCGAAGCAGAGGGCGGAGAUGAAAUUUGAUUUUAAAAAGUGUGAUUAGUGAUGGAUGGAUUACGGAAUGGGCCUCCGAGGCAGAGAACGACUACAGAGAUACACAACAACCGCAAAGAGACGACAAACAACUACGAAAUGCAGAGGAACAACAAAGGGACGCUGCUACAAAUGAGAUGGAAAGUAACUGCAAGAAGACAAAACGCUACCACGGAACGAUGCAAAAUGCUCACAGCGAGACACUGAAUGGCUACAAAGAGACACCGAAUGGCUACAAAGAGACACCGAAUGGCUACAAAGAGACACUGAAUGGCUACAAAGAGACACCGAAUGGCUACAAAGAGACACCGAAUGGCUACAAAGAGACACUGAAUGGCUACAAAAGCUGGAUCCCGAUUCAGGGGCCGCCUCCUUCGGGGGACGCUGUCUACCAGGCCCACAGAGGUGUCUGUCUCGUGGGCUGCGUCCACUUCAAAUGUACAAAUGCAAAAUGAGACGGUUUGGUCAACAGAGGAUUUCCAUGAUAGGCGUCGUCAUCUCGUCCGGCCCUCAAUGCUGUCGCCUAGCAACGGAGCUGAAGUUGUUUUUUUCAAUAUGAUUCUCAAGCAGUGGACGUCUCAUCGCUUGCCGGCGCCAUUUCCUCAGCGCAAUGAAUCCUGGGAUAGGCUGGACUGGGAAGGAGUCACAUGAUGUUGGAGCCUUCGUUUCUCUGGGUUGGAAGGACGCAUUCGAAUUACGUCAAUAUGCUACAGAGAUGCCGAACGACCACAAAGUGUUUUUUUUUGGGGGGGGGACGCCAAAUAGAGACAAAGAAGAGACACCAAGCUGUCGUGAAACCAUUAAGAGAUAACAACGACCUUGUAGCCAUUUUGAGUCUCUUUGAGUCUCUUGCUCCUGUGUUGAGGUCGGGGGGGCUCGUACAUGUAUGUGCCUACUAAGGGACCCAUUGCGACACAGGUCAGACUUUAUAUAUCUGCUGAUACUUUUAUUUUGCUUUUUGAUGGAUUAUCGUGGUGAGGCCACCGCCUGUCCACCGUGUCUCUCUGAAGUUACAUUUUUCAUUCCACCAGUUUGUUUUGUUUUUUGGCCAAAUACAAUAUUAAGGGAAAUGUAAUUCCUGCCGACUGAUCACGUGACGAUGAACCCACAGCUAUGCAGUUCAACUCAGCUCGAUGCUUCUAGCGUCUUUCAGCUCAUUGUUUGGAUAUUUCCCUCACAUGCCGGUGGAGACCAAAAACAGAGCUAAAAGAAGAGUUACAUUCAACUGUUGACCAGAAACAAAUAACUGCUAGACGUGUAAAUAAGCAACUGUUCUCCAAAAUCUACUCAAAAGGUUCCUAAGUAUAUUCCCGUGUUGUGUUUGCAGCAUGUUUCUGCUGCCGAGGCCUGAAAAGUCAGAGGUGUGAGGUCAGAGGAAGAUUAUUUUACUUUGGUCAUAUGUUAAAUAAAGUAGAUAAAGAUAAAGUAAAUCAUGUUUUACGUCACUGUUGCCUUUUUCUAUAUAUUUAACAGACACCACAACCCUUCCCUGACUUUGUGCCUCAACAUAACCAUUAAAACAUGUUAACGACGCUGUGUAAAGAGUGGAUAUCAACAAUUCCUCUGGGUGGCAUUACAUUUCUCUUGAAACGUAUAUCUGCUGUUGAACGUGUGUGGUCUAUAGAUGCAAUUUUCAACCCUGUGUCUUUGUAAUAAAUCUUUCACAAAGUCAACUGGUGGUUUAUGGAUCUUAAUAAAGUUUAACGAGAACCCUAAUUGGUCAACAGGCUGAUAAUAAACAGGUUCCCGUCACAGUGGGUGAGCACAAGUAGCUUUCAGCGGGGCACCCGGGAAUAACUGAUGAAUUCAUAAAUUCCCUGAGUGUGGCUCGGUGUGCGACGGCGUUCCCCCUUCGGUUCUGCGGCAGAGUCGAUGUCGGCCUCGCUGCUGCUGCUGCUGCUGCUUUGUUAAAAAUCCACCUAGAAGCUUGUGGAGGAUUUUUCUUUUUACAGCUUAUUUUUAAACCGCUUUUUUCCUUUUCAGCCUGAAAUUAUCUGCACGGUCAUCAGCUUCCUCUCUUGACUUUCACUUCGUCAGAUUCCUGUUGUUGGCCGUGUCUGUCAGUGAUUGAUGAGUUGCCCUUGACCUCGCUGUCACUUUUUCUUUUGAAAACAUUUGAGGGGAAGUGAGUGUUCAGCUUUGUGAAUAAAGAGGUGAAGGCAGCAGUGAAAUCUUUGGGCAGCUCAAAAAACCUCGUGACGAUUUACAGCCACAGUUUGUGUCACACAUGGAAACAGGAUUGAAAAUGAAACCCAAUAAUAAUAAUGUCAUGGUUUUUAUUCAAUGACUAUUAUCACUUUAUUUACUUUGCUGAAGUUUGCUGUUUUUGCUUCUACCUUAUAAUUGACAGUGCCACUGAAAUUACUUCAUUUUGUAUAUACAUUUAUAUCUAUGGGUUAAAAUGUUAUAACUGGAACAUUCAACGUUACAAUUAUGUUCAAAGAAUUCUGGCUUUUAAUGAUGAAUAAAGAUCGUGCAUUUUAAAUAGCGUUCCUUUAUUGACAAUGAAAGAACGCUGAGAAUCAUUUCAUCAGCUACCAUUUAUC